UACUGCAAACCGGGAGCUCGCUCACCGUUACACCGCUCGGCUCUGCAGGUGAAGUGCGCUCCCUCGUUUGCCGGUAAAAAAAAAAAAAAAACAUUAAAGGGGAUCGUUUUCUUGGAAGCCACCACCGGAGGCACCACGGCUUGGACGGACACACCAAAGUACAAAGUAGCCUCAGCCCAGCAAGUCUAUGGUGCCGUGAUGAGGAACAUUCUGGAGUGGACCUGCCUGCUGUUGCUCGUUGCCACGCCACGCACUAACAGUCACAGUCCGCCUGAGAAGCCAACGCUGACCAGCUGUCGCUCCCCAGAAAAAGAGACCUUCACCUGCUGGUGGCAACCUGGUUCAGACGGUGGACUACCCACCACGUACGCCCUCUACUACCGCAAAGAAAACACCGAUGCGGUGUACGAGUGUCCUGACUACUUCACGGCAGGGGAGAACUCGUGCUUCUUUAACAAAAACGACACGUCCAUCUGGGUCAACUACAACAUCACCGUGGUGGCCACCAACAGGCUGGGCAGCACCUUCUCCGACCCGGUGGACAUAGACGUGGUCUACAUUGUCCAGCCCAAUUCACCUGAAAACGUGUCGCUGACCGUCAUGGAGGACAAAGGCUGGCCCUUCCUCCGGGUGGCAUGGGAACCGCCCCCCAAGGCCGACACCCGCUCCGGCUGGAUCACGCUCGUGUACGAGAUUCGCAUCAGGCUGGAGGGAGAAAAUGAGUGGGUGAUUCAUGUGGCGGGCCAGCAGAAGCUGUUCAACAUUUUUAGUCUGCGGUCAGGCGGCCUUUACCUUGUUCAGGUGCGCUGCAAGCCCGAUCACGGCUUUUGGAGUGAAUGGAGUUCUCCCUCCCACAUCCGUUUUCCUGAUUAUUUCCAUCGAGAAAAGUCAACAUGGAUCGUCAUCACAGUGUUUUGUGCCUUCAUGGUCCUCACCAUCUCGUGGUUGUUACGCAUGAAUGGUCACAGAAGCUUGAAGCAUUACCUGCUGCCACCUGUCCCUGGUCCUAAAAUAAAAGGAUUCAAUCAACAACUUCUCAAGAACGGUAAAUCUGAAGAUGUCUUCAGUGCGCUGGUGGUGUCCGACUUCCCCCCGAUGUCAUCGCCGAACUACGAGGACCUUCUGGUUGAGUACUUGGAGGUCUACGUCCCGGACGAGCAGGAAGUGAAAAGCAAGGAGCUCCACGGCGGUUGUUUCAAGUCGGAGAGCUCCACAUCCGACAGUGACUCGGGCCGGGGCAGCUGCGACAGCCAUACCCUACUGAUGGACAAAUGUGGUCCGUCCAACGGAAAUGAUGACCAUCCGAUGGGGCCAGAGGAUCAGGUGGGAGGGCGAGACUGGGAGAAUGGGUUGGAUGCUAAAGAAGACAUGAGUGGUUUAGAUGUUGGGAGAGUGAAGACCUGGCCAUCAGUGUUCAGUCCAUUACCUACGAGUGCUUCAAGCCUGUUGAACCAGCCGAUCUCACGAGAGUUGACUAAACAUCACUGCCUCUCAGAGAGCAUGUUCUGCACCCAGGGGGUUCUGGGACCAGAGUUCUCUUUGUGCUCCGCCCAGCUUGCGAUUCCACAGUUGAUCGAGUCCCGCAGUGACUUCAAUAUCCACAAACUGUACGUAGAAAAGGACCGGGUCACGGAGGACACCUCUGCGAUCCUCCAGCCCUUCGUGCCCCAGGAGCGCGACUACAGUAAGGUGAGGCGGGUGGGCAGUGGCAACAUGCUGCUGCUCCAAAGAGUGUUGGAAAGAGGGCCGGAUGCCUGCGAGGAGAAGAGUAACUCAGCCGGAACUAAUGUCAAGACUCCGUCGGUCUGUUUGCAUUCUGCCAUACAAGGGCAAAAGCACAUAGUGCUGGCAACAAGCGGGUAUGUCGACACUACUGCCAUGGGCCUAAUGCCCACUUACUGAGCGUACCGGUGGGAACUUGGGGACGGCGUGGCGCGGUUGGGAGAGCGACUGUGCCAGCAACCUGCGGGUUCCUGGUUCAAUCCUCCCCUUCUACCAAGCUCAUCACGUCAGUUGUGUCCUUGAGCAAGACACUUCACCCUCGCUCCUAGGGGUGUAACGAUACGUGUAUUUGUAUCAAACCGUUUCGGUACGGGGGUUUCGGUUCGGCACGCGGGCGUACCGAACAAGUUCGGAAGCAGAAGUCUUCACAAGCUGCUCUGCUUUCUGCCUCUCUCUCUGCCUCAUUGUCCCGCCCACACAACCAUCUGAUUGGUUACAUACAAAGCCAAUCAGCAGUGCGUAUUCAGACUUCAGAACGAUGUAGUCAAUGCUUUAGCGUCGAGCAGAUAUUCGUCUAGCAGGGGAGGAGCGGACUCUACCCAAAUUAUAAUAAACACAUCCCAGUGACAAUUAUUACAAACAUCUAUGAGCCCGUUGACCUUCUAGAAACUUAAACUGCAGCUCAGCUCACUCACAGUAUAGGCUUCAGAUGAAGGCUUAUUAGCAUUUAGCGUAACGUUAGCUCAUUUUGCUGUGUGUGUGUGUGUGUGUGUGUGUG